UAGUGUUGCUCUGUAUAUAAAGGUCCAUAUACACCGAUCGAGUCUCAUCAAAAUUCGAGGUUCUUCGCCGGCAAGUCGCUAAUCGACCGACUAGUUACUAGUUAGCCAGGGUUCUUCGUCGAGUUUCCAACCGAUCGAGAUGAAGCUCGUGGCAGCGUACCUGCUGGCCAACAUGGCCGGGAACCCGAGCCCGACCAAGGACGACGUCCGCAAGAUCCUCGACUCCGUCGGCGCCGAGGUGGAGGAGGACAAGCUGGAGCUGCUGUUCAAGGAGGUGGAGGGCAAGAGCGUUGCCGAGCUUAUCGCUGCCGGCAAGGAGAAGUUCGCCUACGCGCCAUCCGGUGCCGGUGCUGGCGUGGACUCGGCCCCCACCGCCGCGGCAUCCGGAGGCGGCGCUGCUGCCGAGAAGAAGAAGGAAGAGAAGGCCGAGGAGAAGAUAGAGGAAGAGGAGGAUGACAACAUGUUUAGCCUCUUCGACGACUAAGCAAUUAGC